ACUAAGUGACAGGAAUGGAUGAAUCGAACGCUGAUCAGGGCGAACUGCCGCGUGAAACGCCUUUCCCUGCGAGCGAUGAAGACAAUGCCGACCUCUCCCCAGCUCAGAAGAUGAUUGUCUGCAAGCAGAUGCUGCUUUCGAGGCUCCAAGUGAUCGAGGUGAUGGAAGAAAGACUCGCGAAAAUUGCCAAGUACGCCUUGAAACUGCUGAACGAGCGCGAUGAGUUGGCAGCGAUUAUCUCGCGCGAAAAGGAUGAGGGCUUUUGUAUUGCAUCAGCAUUUGGUGUGUCGACGCUGGGUACUGGAUAUGUGCCCUCGUAUUCAGUGUUGCUGGAGCAAUGCUUCGAGGCUCUGCUUGAACACUAAUAGCCUUGUCAAGGAUGAAGAGAAGGCACACUAAGACAUCUAACAAGGACAUUAAAAAGAUUAUUAUUUGGUAA